AUGGAUUCAUUUUGUUUGAAGUGGGUCUUAUAUGCGGGUACAUGUACCCGCAGGUGCCUAUGCGAUACCAACUCUGGUACUAUCCGCAUUGAUCUGAAUGGCAAGUUCAUCUGCCCCGGUCUUAUCGAUUGCCAUGUACACAUCGCUGCCGUCCCAGGAUCUGCAAGCCUUCGAGAUCUGAAGGAGCUCAGUAAUGACCUCAACCUUCUACGACAGCCGAGCGUCUGUCAGUCGAUGUUGAACCGAGGAUUCACGACUGUAAGAGACUGUGGAGGGGCAUCUCUGGCCUUAAAAGAAUCCAUCCAGGAAGGUGUCAUACCGGGGCCACGGUUGUUCAUUGCCGGACAUGCUCUCUCACAGACUGGUGGUCAUGGGGAUCGUCGCCAACAACAUGACCCCAAUGAAUGCUGUGCGGGACAGGUGAACAGCAUUGGACGUAUUGUGGAUGGUGUGGAACAAUGUCUGAAAUACGCUCGCGAGGAAAUACGACAAGGAUCAGACUUUAUCAAAAUUAUGGGAGGGGGUGGUGUCGCCAGUCCAUCGGACCAGAUCCAUCAUCUCCAAUUUUCCGACGAAGAGAUCAAGGCCAUUGUUACUGUAGCUAACAACGCGGGAACAUAUGUCACUUCCCACGCGUACACCCCGCAGGCCAUACAACAAGCAAUCCGCCAGGGGGUGAAGGGAAUCGAACACGGAAAUCUUCUCGAUGAAGCCACAGCGGAGCUGAUGAAGGAGCAUGGGGUCUUCCUUACUCCGACUCUAGUAACCUAUGCAACAAUGGACUCGCCUGAGUUCGGCGGGUUCCUGCCCCCGGCUUCUGCACAGAAGAAUCGGGAGGUGCUGCACAAGGGGUUGCAUGCACUCAAGCUUGCUAGCGACGCUGGUGUAGAUAUAUGUUUUGGGACAGAUCUCUUAGGGCCAUUGCACUUCGCCCAGAGUAAAGAGUUCGCUAUCCGCAGCAGGAUACAGACACCUUUGGAAAUUCUCCAGAGUGCCACUAUUACCCCUGCUCGCCUGCUGAAGCAAGACAGGUUUCUCGGACAAAUUGCGCCUGGAUUUGCCGCUGACUUACUUAUUCUUAACGCAAAUCCCUUAGAGGAUAUAACUCUCCUACCACAGAUUUGGAAAAAUUGGCGACGGCAUGACAGUGAGUCCUUGUCUGCGGCCUUCUUCUUGUGCUGGGCCAUGGCCGGGGUUCCCCUCGGCGUGUACAAUAUUUCAAACAACUUCAAUAUUGCUUUGCAAGUUCAGCCGAAUAUCCUCAUAUUUCUCAGCCUCUGGACUUGGUCUCAGUGCAUGUACUACGGUGGGAAAUGGAGCCUGAAGAAAAUUGCUCCUCUUGCAAUUGUCAUAGGUGCAGUUCUUGGCGGCGCUGAGACCGGUCUCGUGUUUGCGCUCCGUGUGGCCUUCAGAAGAGGUCACAACUGGCCAUCAACUCUCAUGGCAAUCCUCUCUGCCGUUCUUCUGGCAGCUGGUGUACUACGACAUUACGUCGAUAUGUUCAGGACGCGGUCAGAUGCAGGAUUGUCUCUCAAGUUUGCCCUCCUCGAUGCGAGCGGAGAUGUAGCCUCGAUUUUGUCUGUGAUCUUUCAGUCUUCGCUAAGUGUUUUGGGACUCGUCAUCUAUGGUACAGAGCUUGUUAUAUGGCUGGGGCUGAUGGUUAUAUUGUUAUAUUUCCGGGCUGCACAGCGGAUGAAAGGAAGAAACAUUCAAGUGGAUAGUCCUUCCGAUACUCUCUCUUUCUCUCCCAUUUCCAUCAUGUAUAUCCCUUGCUUAAUCGGGGCUCUAGCUUUGUCUGUUUGUGCCUUUACCGACCCUAUUGAGUCCGCUUUAUCUCCUCGCCGCGCUGGUGUUGACCUGGAAAAGUUUCGGUUGACUCCCAACGCAGAAUACGUCGAGUUCAAUCAGCAGAUCCCCGUUUCUACUAUGAAUGCCGGCUUGAUUAAGCAAAGCUAUGUCGAGACGGCCAUGCAGCUGGUUAGAGAAACAUUCCCUAACGCGAGCUUCCGCCUCCAAGAAGAUCACUACGUUGGGGACAACGGUGUAGCACACGUGCACUUUCGCCAGACAAUCCACGAUGUAGAUGUCGACAACGCGGAUUUUAAUGUCAACGUCGGUAAAGACGGGACAGUCUUCUCCUAUGGAAACUCCUUCUACACCGGGCCACGUCCCAACAUCACCCAGUUGACAAAACGUGACUUUACUGAUCCCGUGGCGGCGUUGCAAUUCGCCUUGACACAUCUUCAACUUCCCAUCAAAGCGGAUGGCGUCUCUGCGGAAUCCACGGGGCAUCCUCAUGGGUACAUCUUCCGAGGCACGUCCGGGGCGGUCUCGGACCCGAAGGCACUUCUUGUCUAUCUCGUGAAGCCCGACGGGACUCUGCGCCUGGCGUGGAGAAUAGAGACCGAUGUCGAUGAGAACUGGCUCUUGACUUAUGUGGAUGCGAACACCGUCGAGGAAAUUCAUGGUGUUGUCGACUAUGUUUCUGAGGCCACCUUUCAAGUCUAUGACUGGGGAAUCAAUGAUCCUACUGAGACAGGGAGCCGUGUUAUUGUUACUGAUCCGUGGGAUUUGAAGGUAUCGCCCUGGACCUGGUUCGGCGAUGGACAGAAAAACUGGACGUCAACACGGGGGAAUAACGGUAUUGCCCAGGAGAAUAUCAAGAACCUACCGACUUACAUUAAUAAUUCCCGACCCGAAAGUCCUACUCUGAAUUUUACUUAUGAGUAUCCGGCCGAUGGAUCUCCUCAGGACUACAUUAAUGCUUCCAUUACUCAACUUUUCUACACAGCCAACACAUACCAUGAUCUCCUGUACACACUGGGCUUUACUGAACAGGCAGGCAAUUUUCAAUGGAACAACAACGGCUUGGGAGGCAAGGAGAAGGACUAUGUGAUCCUGAAUGCGCAGGAUGGAGCGGGGACGAACAACGCCGAUUUCGCUACUCCACCCGACGGAUACCCAGCCCGCAUGCGCAUGUAUAUCUUCACGCGCACCAAGCCCCCUCGGGAUGCAGUGUUUGAGUCUGGGAUUGCAAUUCAUGAAUAUACACAUGGGUUGUCUAUGCGACUUACCGGUGGCCCUGGCAACUCUCGAUGCUUAAGUGCUUUCGAGUCGGCUAGCAUGGGGGAAGGUUGGGGUGACUUCAUGGCGACUGCGAUCCGUCUCAAACCCAAUGACACGCGUGCAACAGAUUAUGGAAUGGGGGCUUGGGUUUAUAAUAGUCCAAAGGGCAUUCGAGAGUAUCCGUAUUCGACUUCGAUGGAAACUAACCCGCUGAAUUAUACGUCUUUGAAUAGAAUGUACCUGGUCCAUGCAGGUGGAACUGUUUGGGCUUCGAUGCUGUACGAAGUGCUAUGGAACUUGAUUGAUAAGCACGGGAAGGACGACGGCCCGCGGCCAACCUUUGACGAAAGGGGGGUGCCCAAGGACGGUAAAUACCUGGCGAUGAAGAUAGUAAUUGAUGCCAUGGCGCUGUGA